GUUCACAUCGCAAUUCCUCAUGAGAUCAUAUUUUACACUGAGAGACAUAAGUCUCAGAUUCCGUAUUUCCCACUCAUCUAUUCAUCAGCCUGCAUGUGUCGAGUCUUCCCUCCCCAUCCAUAGUCGUUUCAUUUGGAAUCUGGAAGGCGAAGUCAGGUGUUAGUAAAGAAUAUCUGGUAUCGCCCGAUGAUUUGCGGAUUUGCGGAAGGAAGGUCGCCCAUUCUCAUCACCGGUUCUAAAAUGCACAUACAUACAUUAUCUGCCCUUGUGCGUGUGAUAUAGUUAAAUGGGAGCCCGUUAUGGAUAGCCAAAGCGACAGGUUCGGUCCAUGUUCUUGUCUUGUAACAACCCCCGUACUUCUUUUUAUUUCUUGCAGAAUUUAUUUUCUGGGGUGGUAUCCCGUGGAUCAGUUCUGCAGAGAUAUGCCGAACUUUAAAAGAAAAAAAGGGCUCUCUUUUCACUUCGGGCCGCAGCUGAAGCUGUGGCUUCUGAAGUUUCUGCUGCAUUGUUUGGCGCAAGAUCACUGGGAUCAUGCAGGGUCCAGACCUGCCUAACACAUUCACAAAUAAUUUGCUGAUUAUCAUCAUGGUGGUUGAUCUGUGGCAUUUUUUGAUGUUUUUGCCCUUGUGUGGCAGCCAUCAAGCACCACCAUGCGCCCCCAUGACAUAACUAAUCAGCUGGCGGCGACAGAACCCAUGUUGUGCCAGUGCUAUAUUUAUUCGGCAUUGCAACUGGGCAUGGAUAAUACAUCACUUCUUCCUGUCGAAGUGAAUGAUCCGAUUCCGACAAUACUCGGAGAAAAGAAUGAAUGAGCGUUUCCCUCGAGGGCGCUGGGCACAUGAGCCAUCGGUGGGUACGCUAGGGAUGCGGUACACCAUAUCUUCCAUUUUGAAAGCUAGAAUUCGGGUUGGACGUUAUGCGGUUUUUGAGGCGAGUGGUUGUUAGGGGUAUUCACGUAGGGCCCAGGGGGGUGAAGCAGGAGGCGAGGGAGUCCCCUGUAGGCUGUGAGGCUGGUACUGUAGUUGUUACAUUACCGGGAGGGAGUUGGUGUUUCAGGGGUUUUAUUUUUGGGGUAGAAAUCAUCACACGCCAAAAGGCUGAAAAUAGCCAAUCCACGAUCGCUCACUCACUCACCUUCACACAAACAAAUACAACACAUUCUCUAAUCAUAUUUAUCCAUUAUAUCCUUGAUAUCGCUUCGAUGCUGACUGCAGCUGGUGCUGAUGACGCGCGGUUGCAAUAUUGUUCUUCUGCUGUACCUGGGAAGUAUUUAGGGAAACACCCUUUUUUAGGAAACUCGCCGGGAUCCAUGACACUGACUAUAUAUACAUAGUAUUGCUUCACCAGAUAUCCCUCUGUGUUUGCUGUUCAUUCUCUUAUUAUCUCCGUUUCUGACUCGUUUUCUGACUCUCACUUCUUCAUAAACAAUCCUCACCUAUAAGCCCAAUCCAAAUUCUCCUGCAUGUUUCAAGCGCAUAACACCCGUACGACCAGCUUCCUCUUGCCGUCAUGGCGACCUGCCUUCAUGGGCUUUUACAAUCAAUACUUAUCUGGGCGCUUUUGUCCCUCCAAGUUAUGGCUUCGUUUAUAUACCCUGCUGUGACAGAUCCACUGCGAAGUGCGCAUAAACACGAGAUGGGGGAUGUCGUACUAGAAACACAGCUUAGAUUAAAUAUGGCUAUCCCUUCUCGUGUAGCAAAUGCUACUCGAUCGGACAUCGACAAGGCUAGGCGGAUUGUGAAUGCGGCAAUUGAGAAAGCCUCAGUCCUUAACAAAGCUCGACUGGACCAUCCAGUGAGAAAUCACUAUCCCUGGAAGCCUGGUUUCAAAGCUUCCCGUCGCGAUGCAUCCAGCGGAGAUGCACCGCCACCUCUUCUCAAGAUUAGCAGCGAGAUAGCAGCUGCCUCAGCUCUCUUAGCUGAGGUGGAGGCUGUUGCUGAAGCUAGAGACCUUUCCAAAACUAAGCGCGAUUACUCGUAUAUUGACGCCCUUUACAACCGUACGGCAGAGAAGCAAGCAAGUACCUUCUGGAUGGAAGAUAUCGAAAGAAAAGGGGCCUGGCCGUUUGGGAAUGAUCCUUCCUUCCAGGUUUUCCGUAACGUGAAAGACUACGGGGCAUAUGGAGAUGGUGUGCAUGAUGAUACAGAUGCCAUUAAGCGAGCAAUGGCAGACGCGGGAACAUGUGGUGAAAGAUGCAACGGCGCGACAACCAAGAAUUUCAUCCUUUAUUUCCCAUCUGGCACAUACCUUGUCAGCUCCACGAUCGAGACCUACUUCGGAAGCCAGUUAAUUGGAGACCUGCCAGUUCAUUUGUUGGUCUUGGUGUGCUUUCCACAAAUCAUUAUGUUGAAGGCGGUGGUGCUGGUCCAGAUGGAAAUCCAAAGGAGUGGUAUGUUACCACGGCCAAUUUUUAUCGCCAGAUCCGGAAUUUCAGAAUUGAUAUUACUGCCACAAACCAAGGCGCAUAUGUUGCUGCACUCCAUUAUCAGAUCGCCCAAGCCACAAGCCUUUCAAACGUUGACUUUAUCGUUUCUACGGAGCCUGGUACCACCCAGCAGGCCAUUUUCACUGAGAAUGGAAGUGGUGGAGUUAUGAGUGAUCUAACGUUCACUGGAGGAAAUUUUGGAAUAUAUGGCGGGAACCAGCAAUUUACUGCCCAAAGGCUCAAAUUUACAAAUUGCAAAACAGCCGUACAGUUGAUAUGGGACUGGGGAUGGAUGUGGAAAAACAUCGAGAUCACUGGAUCUGCUACAGGCUUUAAACUUAUGUCUGAGGAUUCGGUCCCUCGAACUGGCUCUAUAAUGGUAAUAGACUCCAUCUUCAGAGAUACAGACACGGCACUUCUCACGUUCCCUGCGACUGCGGAAAAAGGCAGAGGUACCACAGGAAUUACCCUGGACAAUGUUGCUUUCGAAGAAGUUAGAAAUGCCGUCGCGGACAAUGAAGGAAAGGUGUAUCUUGCUGGAAGCGUUCUAAGCGUCGAUACAUGGGCCAUUGGCCCAGUAUAUUUUGAUAUUUCCCAAAGAGAUUAUACCCUAGGGAUGGACUUUACCACAAAACGAGAGUCCACCUUGCUUGCGGAUCAAUCGACUUCCCUGCCCAAAGCACCCUUCUUCGAGAGACAGAAGCCUCAAUAUGAAGCUAUCCCUGCCUCCAAAUUUGUUCACAUGAAAGACCAUGCCAAAGGGGACGGCGUUACCGACGAUACAGCAGCAUUCCAAAGUGUAUUGAGCCAAUAUGCAAGCAGCGACAAUAUUAUAUUUGUCGAUGCGGGUUCGUACAUUUUGACUGACACCAUCACUAUUCCCGUUGGAGCCAAGAUCGUUGGAGAGGGUUGGUCCCAGCUCGUUGCAUUUGGCCCCAACUUCCAAGACGAAAGGAACCCGCGACCUCUGGUUCGAGUUGGAAACGACGGCGAUCACGGUGAUGUGGAAAUUCAAGACCUUCUUUUCACCACUAAGGGGCCUACGGCAGGCGCUGUUUUGGUAGAAUGGAAUAUCAAAGCUACCUGCUCAGGCUGUGCUGGCAUGUGGGAUUCACACGUACGAAUUGGAGGGGCUACUGGUACCGAACUUACUUCGACAGAGUGCCCAGCGAUUACGAGCGGUGUAAAUGAUGAUGGCUGCAAAUCGGGCAGUCUUAUGAUGCACAUUACCAGGUCGGCAUCGGCAUAUAUGGAAAAUGUUUGGCUUUGGACGGCAGAUCACGACAUCGACGACCCUGACUUGCAAGAUGAUAACAAUACUCUGAUCCAAACUUCUGUAUACUCUGCGAGAGGUUUGCUUGUCGAAAGUACCGAGGCAACAUGGCUUUAUGGGACGUCGUCUGAGCAUGCGGUCUACUAUCAGUACAAUUUUUACAAGGCUCAAAAGGUAUUCGCAGGCAUGAUACAAACCGAAUCUCCAUAUUAUCAGCCAACCCCUAUGCCGCCGGCUCCAUUUGAAUCCGCUGUCGGUAUCUUCAGUGGAGAUCCUAAUUACGAACGUUGUCCGCACGGUUCGCCGGGAUGUGAUGCUUCGUGGGCGCUCCGGAUAAUUGAAUCGUCUGAGAUCUAUAUCGCUGGAGCCGGUUUAUAUUCUUGGUUCACAACUUAUACACAGGAAUGCAUUGCUACGCGCAGCUGCCAAAACUCGAUGAUACAGCUGGAAGGGAACAAUGGCCGUGUCAGAAUUCACAAUUUAAUCUCCAUCGGGGCUACAAACAUGAUUAUUUCUGAUGGAACCCAGGUUACGUCGGAAGCCAAUCUUGCCGUCGACUAUCACCCAUACUGGAGUCAGAUUACUGUCGUAGAUCCGAUCCACAACACGGGCGCUCAACGGCUCAUAAAACAGGGGCUCCAUACUAGAAAUGAAGACAAAUGUUCAGUUCCUCCAGAUGUUCGCGUGCCUGGAGGAAGAAAUCCCACAGACCUGCCGCUCGUUGAUAUCGGCGGUGAGGCUGACCAUGGAUACUUUACAUUGGUCAAUGGAUCUCCAUACAACUGGAUACUCACAUAUAAUCACUCAUAUCAGAUGGAUCAGUGGAAGUGGCACGAUGUUCCAGCCGGUGAAUCCGUUCAGUGCGAAUGGCAGUUCGCCGAGUCCUUCAAUAGAUUCGAUGAUAAAGGCGAGGCAUUCUACACGCUCGAGGGAACGAACAAGACUUUUCAGAUUUGGGCCAGAUACUACCAAGAUGAUCCUGACAAUGAGUUCCAUCUCCAUGUCCUGUAUGAUGGAUUAGAGACCAAGGAUGUACCCAAAGGCACUUCUCUUGAUUAUCCUUCCAGAGGUGGCAUCGGAGACAUGAGAGCUAUUAACUGGGUAUUGACUGGGAGCGAAACAGAAGGCUUUUGGUCAAGCCAUAAGCCGCCGAUAGCGUGGAUGUCAUCAAUAUUACAUAUCAUUGGUGAUCGAAAAUUGAAGCACGUUUGUAUGCCGGGAAGCCACGAUGCUGGGAUGUCGAAGCUGGAUGGGCACACUCAAUUUUCUAACGAAGGCAACACUUUGACUCAGUAUUUGAAUGUUUACGAUCAGCUAAGGAGGGGAUCUCGGUACUUCGACGUUCGCCCUGCCAUCGGCAAUGGAGGAAAGUACCUCACGGGCCACUAUGGUUAUAUAGAUAUUCUUGAGAUUGGAUGGCAAGGGGGUAAUGGAGAAUCGAUCCAGGAGAUAGUGGAUGGUAUAAACAGAUUCACCGCUGAAAAUCCGGAGCUAAUCAUCAUCAACCUCGACCUAACUCUUGACACGGACAAUGGCUAUAAACCCUUCAACGAUGAACAAUGGAGUAAAACAUUCGAUUUAUUUGAAGGUGUCACGCAUCGCCGGGGUGGCCUCCAGGGAGAUUUAAGUGAGAAAAAGAUGAACGAGUACAUUGGCAACGGCCAGGCUUGCGUAAUCAUCAUCGCAUCAGGCGGCCCAACACGCCCAGACAAGGGGAUCUACUCAACCCGCCAAUUCCCCCGGUACGACAGCUACUCCAACACCGACCAAAUCGACACCAUGGCAGCCGACCAAAUCGCAAAGCUAAAAGGAAACCGCAACCUCGUCCCUAAUGACGGCGAACGGAAGGACAUCUUCCACGUAUUCUCAUGGACAUUAACGCUAACCCGUGUCUUCGAGCGAACUAUCGCCGACCAAUCCAUCGAACUGGGAUAUGACCCCCUUUUCUGGCGUGGGUAUCAUUCCUUCACCCCCUUCUCGUACCCGAGUGUACUGUACAUGGAUUUCAUCGGGAGUGCAGAGCAGGAUACAAAGACACUUGAGAAGACGACGGGGGAGGUUACGGCGAUGGCGAUGGCGGUUAAUAUGCAGAUUGCGAGUCAGAAUUGUUAUGUUGGUGGCGGCUCGAUUGAGCCAAAGAAGCCGGAGUCGCCAGUGGCCCACCAACCCACGCCCGGGUCCGCAAGUCCACCGUUGCGUCCGUGUCUGAUAUCACUCACCUCCGCUACUCUCUUGAUACCACUUGUUUUCUUCUAUUCUUGCAUAUUUUGAAAUUUUCUUUUCAUUUUUUUGUUGUGUUUGGUACGAUUGAUGCUCAUGAGCAAAUUAUUUAGUUAUCUUGAGUCAUAAUGUAAAACGUGGGACUAUAAAGGUUUCUUCAGCAUAUAUUCGGAUUCAAAAUCUUAACUGAUAUUGCAAUAUCGCCUUAGAUUGCAACCCCUGCGGGCAAAUGUGUUUGCUCUCUAACUAACGCUUUUCGGUUAACUAAUGCUAUAGUUGGUGGGCUCCUUUGUUAUGAAUGAAAAAGUUACCAUGCUUGACAUCGCAAGCAAGAAUCAAAACACCAGAUGCCCCACCUUCAAGUAAAAGGAAUAUCACCAAUAACAUCAAUAAAUAUACACAAACUUCUUGUUUUCUUGAUCUGUCAAGUCGGAAAGAGUUUGAUCUCUUGCUCUCACGCUCCUUGCAUUUGCGCUCUCCACGCCAACAUCACCACUCCCACCCCUUUCUUUCCCCAUCGAUCUAUCCAUUAUAAACGCCCGCUUUCCAGCUGCAACUCUUUCUUUUGCUGUACACUGGCCAAGAGAGCCAGAAUCCACACUUGUAGAGGUAG